AUUUUGAGGUAAUUCUCAAAGUCUGUUGUGUUUUAAUGUGAUAUAUAAAUAAACUUGACUAAUGUUCUGUAAAAUAAACGAAAUAGUGUUUCAUAAAGCUGAAACGAGAAAUGCACUGGAGAGUAAAUAGCUCUAUUUUUUCCUACACCACUAAAAGGCAACACGAGUCGGAAUACGGCUGAAACCAGGUGGGUGUGUUUAAGGUUGUGUCACAUGAUUCUGUUGCUAGGCUGUUAGCUGGUGGCUUCUCCAUCUGAUGUUAGUGCAGUCUAUUACCUCCUUACCCUAAACUAUGCUAUUAUACACAAAUCGUUUUCAGGCGACAGCGAUUUGCGCAUAUACAGCGAAAAUUUUAACAAGCAAGCCCUGAUUAAUUCUUUUGAUAUGUGUGCUGAAAAAUCAUCGCUGUAGUGGCUACUCAACGACCCACAUCUAGGCACGUUGCUGGCUAGCUUAGCACCCGUUUUAGGCGGGAUGUCAACAGGUUUCCGUAGUGUUAGUCUUAGUUUUAUCUUUCAAAACGUGAGGAGGCAAUUUAGUAAAUGAGACAGAAGCUGCCACUUAAACCGAGGAGAUCUCAGGACAGCUUACUCCCUGGAUAAGCUGAUAUGGUUGAACCACAGAGAUCAAGAACAUGAGACAGGAGAAUGUGGAAAAUCUAUGAAAUCAAAGAUCAUGAAAUGGUGAAAAUCUUCCCACUCACGCUCCCGUUCUCAUGACGCCAGCAGGGAGGUAUGGGCUUCUUAAGGGUAGUAGCCAGAAUCAUGGGUAGGAUCAGUACAUUCAGGUCCUAUCAGCUGGUGCUUCUCCUGGCUGCUGCACUCGCUGUUGUAGCUUUUUACUACUUUGGCUCAGAGAGACAGAAUUUCUCCAGCACCACAAAGAGGAUCAAGCAGACCCAGGCCAGUCACAACACCAACAGAAACGAUGCAGACCUCACCGUGGACACCAGGCUCUCGCACCCGGACGAGCCAAAGGAGCAAGGAUGGGAAGAGCGAGGUGUAGAAGAAGACGGCGACGCUUUGACAUCCAGGAAAGCGGACAGUGAGGCUGGUUACCAACAUUACCACGUGCUAAUGAUGUUCACCAAAGUGGACAAGAGCCGGAGCUUGCAGGAUAAAUUCCGAGUGGCCAUGCUGUCCAUGGUAAAACACGGACACUUCUUGGAAGGAGAGGUGUUGGUUCUCCACUUUGUGAGUGACCAGGCCAGCCAAGAACUGGGCAAGAGGAUGCUGCUGGAGCUUUUCCUUGACACAACGUUUAAAUACGAGGUGGUGUUUCAUGACGUCGUGGCUCUGACUCAGAAGCUCUUCCCUAUUGUGGAAGCCAUGCAGAAGCAUUUCAGCGCUGGCUCCGGAGCCUAUUACAGCGACGCCAUCUUCUUUCUGUCCGUAGCUAUGCAUCACAUCAUGCCUGAAAGUCUGACGCGCAUAGUGCAGCUUGACUUGGACCUGAAGUACAGGACAAACAUCAGGGACCUUUUUCAGGAGUUUCACCGGUUUCCUCCAGGAGCAGUUAUAGGGAUCACCAGAGAGAUGCAGCCAGUAUACAGGCACACUUUCUGGCAGUACCGGAAGGAGAACCCUCAGACCAGAGUCGGGGAACCACCUCCUGACGGCCUCCCGGGCUUCAACAGCGGUGUGAUGUUGUUGGACCUAGGUGCUAUGAGGUCCUCGGCUCUUUACAAUAAGCUGUUGGAGCCCAGCAAUGUGGCCAAACUAGCAGACCAGUAUCGCUUUAGAGGCCACCUGGGUGAUCAAGACUUCUUUACCAUGAUCGGAAUGGAGCAUCCUGAACUGUUUUACUCCUUGGCGUGUGGCUGGAACCGGCAGCUGUGCACCUGGUGGAGGGAUCACGGAUACGGAGACAUAUUUCAGUUGUAUUAUCGCUGCGAUGGACCUGUCUAUAUCUAUCAUGGGAACUGUAACACCCCUAUACCAGACGACUGAGGUUUACACUGGCUUGAUACUACAACUGUUUUCAUUUUAUGGCAGUUCCCUUUUGUGACCGCAGUCAGAUAUCUUGCCCCCUGCUGGCCAAGGGGACCCCACCCCCCAACAAGAUGUGGUGUUUGUGGAAGUUGUUUUAGCACAGGUCGCCAUUAUGAGUGAAAACAGCUCUGCAUUACAGUCGUACAGAGUAGUGUAUUAACAGGAGGUUGUUUUUUCCGGUACUACACACAUGACAUUAUGAUGUAAUGUAUACAGGUCCAUGUGGGAUUUGAGCCCAUCACUGCAGAAGGAUUUUACCGCUCUUUCAUGUUCCGCAAAUGCAUAAACUUGUUUGCUAGUUUGGAUGUGACUUAGACCCCAGCCACACAGGCGUACAGACUGGUGUGUGGCAACCAGCGGUCGUGAGGGAGCUGUGAAGGAGUUGUGAGUGGUUGCUUGAAAAAUAAUUGCUAAAGCACGAGUCACACAGGCUGGGAACCUUUGGGAAAACUGUAUUCCUCUCCUGGUUGGCAAAAACCUUGGAAUUGCUUUGGCUGGUAGCAUAUUGGCCUGAGCUGCAGUGACAACAUGAAAGGUGCGCCACACUUUUCCAGAUUUUACUGCAGCUCUGCUAGUAGUUAGCGAGUGUUUGCAGACAGCAUCAUGUAAGUACGGGCAACUGUGGAAAUCUGCGAGCAACCAAAGCAAUCACUGUGAGGUUUUUGGUGCGUUUCCUUCUAUGAAACAGAGCUCACACAGCAAGAGCCAGCAACUUCCAGGAGUCAGCUGCCAACUCGUUGGGGAAUAUAUGUUUCCCUAGCAACUGCAUCCAAUGUGGCAGACAGCUCUUGAGCAGUGCAAUAAUGAUGUCACAUGAGAAGCAUCUUUUAUUUCUGUGGAGAGAAAAAAUUGCAGUGUUGACGUUUGAUUUAGGUUUAUUGUUUAUAUAUUUACAGUUUCAGUUUAUGUGUUUAACAAACUUAAAAACAAGAGAAUCAAGUACACCAAGUAGUGUACAGUAUUUAAUGCAGUAACUCUAUCUUUAGCACCAUUAUUACAUCCAUACAAUAUUGAUUGUAAAUAAGGUUAGCACGUUGUUAAAGCAGGCCAUACAAAAGGAGUCAUACGUUUUGUUCACGUCGAGUUUUCAGUGUCCCAAGUUCAGCCUACAUCACACCGUAGCAGGUGAGGGCUAAUCUCUGUCAAUUACUUGUAUUUUUUCUUUCUUGCAACCAGAGGGAUCGCUCUUCGUGGACUUUGUGGGUCAGCCACAGCUCUUUUCAAACACGUCUUUACAGGUAGAAAAGCAGAAGUGAGUGGGUGGGGGGAGACAGCAGAGAGCUGGCCACAGGGAUUGGAGAGAUAACGAUUAACAAUGACGACACUGAAGGCUGUUGUUUGUGCCCCAUGUUUGCAGUGUAGCCGAGGCCAAACAGACCCACUUCAUUCAGACACGUUUCUGAAGGAGCGUUGCGGCCAAAAGCGUGAUUGUGGAUGCUGACCCACUUUUCAGUUUUCUUGCUGUGCUCAAUGAAGUCCUGCUCAGAUUCAAAGAAAUGUCAACACUCGAUAUUAAUCAGAAACUUAAUCGCUUUAUGUAGCACUGAAGCACGCUGCUGAGGAGAAAACGAACCGUGGGAUAAGACUAUAAAAAGAAUGUCUUCAGUUCUCAACACCUUAUAGCGUUUUCUGUUUUACUACUAACAGAGCCAGUGGCUUUACUGGUUACAUGAUGAUUACAUUAGUUUUACUGGGAUUGCCACUAUCGGUGUACAUCACUAUCAGUUUCAGUGCAUUACAGUGUUUAAAAUGACAUAAAAUGGUUGAUAUUGAUAAUCUAUCAGAAAGCAUGUACAAUUUUUUUAAGUACAGUCAUGUACCAGAAAGGAUGGAUUAUUAAAGGGAAGGAUGAAACCAUACGUUCCAGCUUGGUCUUAUGGACCUCUGCCAACAGCUGUAUUGUAAGUGUCAUACAAUAUAUCCAUGUGAUGGUUUGUGUGUGAUCUAAAAACGUGUAUAUCAGUUUCUUGUUGGUACUCUGCUAACACAUACAAACCUAUUUGUGUCAUCAUCUAAAAAAAUGUUAUAUGUGUAUCGUCUAGAGAUUCACUCACACAAUUUCUGAUUCCAGGUUAUUUUUGUUUGUUUGUUGCCAAUUCUGAUUUUCUUUCUAAGACCUACACCUGACAGAUUAUAGAAAAAUUAAGUUUUCUUUAAUGCACCAAUUACAGUUUGGAGUUACAGGACAUGUUACUGAAACAAUUGAAAAUAAAAUGCUUUAUUGAUAUAAACAGAACUAAUGUCAGUUUCUUAGAUCAUUUUGCAUAUAAAUUUACCAAAUAACAGAACAGUGAUCCUUUUUUAUUUUUCACUCAACUCCACAACUUUCCUGUAACUGCUUUGGUCCUUUGCUCAUACCGAGGCUCACACCAAGCUUGUGGCUAGCUCUGAGCUCUGGCUAGCUUUAGCUUUAGCCACGUUCCCUUCUUUUAAAUGGUGAUGUGAACGCUUUCAUGGUUCUCCCCUACCUAUUUGCUUUAGUGUCUUUACUCACAGUGGAGAGCCUCCACAGUAACGACAUAUUAACACAUGUCUGCGAGUGUGCAAGCGACUGUUUGUCUGCACUGCUGUCCAUGUGCUGAAUAUGCAUGAAACAGACGGGGUCACUGGUCAGUUGAUCGGUAUUGUCAAGUGCUUAUUCCUGUGUUACGUGCAUCCAUUGCCAUGUCAGUUGUUUCUGUUGUGUCCUUCAAACACUCAGACUUUGUAUAAAGCGUUUUAGCUCGUUUGGCUAAAUGACCAAUGCACUUAUGCAAUUGUGAGGCAUCCAUCAUCUGUCUGUCCCUAUUUGUGAGCCUCUUUGACAUCUCGUUGGCUUUUAAUUAGUCAUUAGUUUGUGCAGAUGCAGUCAAGCAGUGACAACAAAACUUAGACAGACAAGCAACUACACCCUGGUUAAUCUGACUGAGAUCAUGGAGAGUGUGAAUAAUCUGGUGUGUAUGGCAUUGAUGUACUAACACUAUACUUACCAAAGUAACAGCUGUCUGUAUUUUUCACUUUAAUAACCCCUCGGCAGAUGAUGCUAAUGUCUAAAGAUCAAAUUUGUCUUGACGGAACCAAAUGAGAAAGCUUUACAUGCCCGUUUCAUUUAAAGUCUUCCUGUGACAGCAGCAGAGUUAUCAAAUCUUUAAAAUGUUGUUACAUUGUGUGUUUCUCUUUCCUAAAUAAAAUGUCUUGCUGUUAUUAAAAUUCUUUGUCCUUAUUGUUUGUGUGCGCGUGGGAGGUAAAGCUGCCAACACUUCAGUAAAAGAGGAUGCGUUUACUUACGUAAAGUAUAAAAAUGCAUACAGAUCAACCUCGCUUAUGUUAUAACACCAGUCCAUGUCUGUGCUCUUGUUUAUCUGCUGCAAGCCAGGCCUGACCCAUUUCUCUCACUCAAAUUUGCCAUCACACCCAGUUAAAGCUCCAUAAGCAGAAUAUUUG